GCCAACACUGCCGAAACAGUUUACGUAAAUUCUGGUGGAGAUAUUGCGACAAAAAAUUGUCUUUUAGACUUAAAUGCCAUGAAAGUGAACAGCCAAGUACUUCCCCUUUCUCCUUUUUUACGGCAAAAGGGACAAGUGUAUUUAGAAGACCCUGGGUGUAUUUCCAGCAAAAUACGAGACCUGAAGACUGAUGCGACGGAGCACCUUGCAAGGUUCAGUAACUUUUCUACAAAUGCUGAUAGUACAAGGACUUUCAAGACUGACUACAACCGAAGAGCACGAAACGUUAUUAGCAGCAGAAAAUACAGAAAGAAAAGAAAGAUCCAGUACAUGGAACUAGAGCGAGAUAACAGAUUGUUGCAGCAGGCUAUCAAUGAAGCAGAAAAGGUACACCAUCAGGUCAGCCAGGCAUUUCACAAGCUUAUCCAACAUGCAGAAUGCUGUGAUAAGUGCUGCAACAUCAAGCUUUGCUUUGAAUAGAUGGCUGCAACGCAAACCUUUGGAAAGAGCUGCAUGGAAAUUCCACCAAGUCCAUGACUUGCCAUUUAAACAGCUGGAGCAAAUGGUACAUAUUUGGGAGGUUCACUUUUUAUGAGCAUGCAGAGGGGGCACGAGUUUUAAGGGUAUCAUAUUUGUACACUACUAAAAGGUCCUAAAAAGAGAUGGCCUUUGAUUGUUAAUCUUCUGUUUGUGACUAAGAAUAAUAUUUAUUCCUUUGGAGAAAAAAGGGUAGUAAAUAAGUUGAUUUUAGUGUGAUAGUCCAGAUAGAUUUUGUUUU